CGUCCUACUGAGCUGCUCUUCCGUCAGGGGGGACCUCGCCAGGCUCUCCAAACCCUUGGAGCCCGCAGAAACGCUCCGUGCCCCGAGCUGUCACCAGCGCCGCCUCCCAGGCCCCGGACGCGAUGCAGGCCAUCAAGUGCGUGGUGGUGGGAGAUGGAGCCGUGGGCAAGACCUGCCUUCUUAUCAGCUACACCACCAACGCCUUCCCUGGAGAGUACAUCCCCACCGUGUUCGACAACUAUUCAGCCAAUGUGAUGGUGGACAGCAAGCCCGUGAACCUGGGGCUGUGGGACACCGCGGGGCAGGAGGACUAUGACCGCCUCCGGCCGCUCUCCUACCCACAGACGGACGUCUUUCUCAUCUGCUUCUCCCUUGUGAGCCCUGCCUCCUACGAGAAUGUCCGUGCCAAGGCACAAAAGGGUUAUAAGAUGAUGACGCUCCGGAACCUGAACCUGAACCAAGGGAGUCUGGCCUCUGCCAGCCAGGCCCUGGGACCACUCUACUCGGUCAAAUACCUGGAGUGCUCAGCCCUCACCCAGCGAGGCCUGAAAACCGUCUUCGAUGAGGCGAUCCGGGCCGUCCUGUGCCCCCAGCCCACGCGGCCACAGAAGCGCCCCUGCAGCAUCCUUUAG